AUGGCACCAUCGAAAAAGACGACGGCGGGUAAGAAGAAGAAUGGCGCAUUCUCGGAUGACAAGGCCAAGCGUACGACCGGGCCUCCGUCUCCCUUCAAGCGAGUGCCCGAGCAGCUCUCGGGCGUGACGGACCGCCUGUCACCCAAGCACGUCUACGUAGCGCACAUUGACAAGAAGCCAUCGUCAUUCAAGCGCAACAUAUUCAUGGUGCCCGUGUUGAUGAACGUGGGCGUGGUGGCGCUCUUCUACCUGCGCAUGCGACACAUCGUGCCGUGGUACUUCCAGAUCAUGCUCUCGGGACUGGGCCGCGCCAACGAGACGACGUUCGGGGCGCACGAGGCGACAUGGGAGGAGAUUGCAUGGGAGGUCGGACGUCGGGGGUCCACCUUCCUGAUCGACUUCCUCCUGUUUGCAUUCGUGUGGCCGUGGCCGGUCGAGUUCGUCGCGGGCACGACGCACGGCAACCCGGUCCGGUGGCGUCUCAAGGUCGGCUUCCGGUCAAAGGAGAUUUACGUCCGGCGCAGCCGCGACUGGAGCGCGCUCCUGACGGGCGACAUCUUCGAGGACGAAGGGUCAAACCGCAUCCUGACGGCGUACAUCGGCAAGGCCACGGCACCGCUGGUGCUGGAGCAGAAGACGGGCUACCUCCUCAUGAAUGGCGACUGGGAUCUCGACUGGGAGGCCAUGGUGGCGGCGCACCAGCUCGUCGACGACGGCAAGGUCGACAUCGACACCUUUGCCAGCCUGGCCAUCGUCCACCACCAGGACUACGGGUGGCUGUGCCACGACACGUCGGCCAGCGGCACCACGGCUACGGCGUCCGAGGACGAGAGGAGGCGCCAGGUGUUUGCCUUCAGGGAUGCCCUGGUCUCGAUGGGCAAGGAGAAGCUGUUCUACCGCUGGGUCGAGACUGUCCAGUUCGAGGCUACGCAGCCGGGAGGCUUCGGACCCGAGAAGCAGGAGGCGGCGGCGGCGAAGAUCCGUGCCCUGUUCGAGGGAGAGGGAGUCGAUUUUGACGGGCUCUGGAAGGAUACGGUCGGAGGGACGCCGAGCAUGUAA